AUGAAUCUUGAGACGGGAUCGUUUCGAUCAAUUCCAUUCGGUGGGGAGAGAGUCGGGCGGCGGGCGGCGCUGAGCGAGGCUGUCGAAGAUGUCCGUCCUGGAUCGGAGAUGUGGUUGGCAUUGGAUGUGGCGGGGAUUGUCGAACCCGUGUGGCUCGGGUGGCUCCUGUGGCUGGAAGGGCAGAUCCAAUAUCUCGGCGUCCCGAUUGGCUCAUACGUCGCCAAGGUGCGUCGUCAGACCUAUCAAGCAGUUCCGGUGACUGCGGCGGCCCACGUUUGCUCAGCGCGACGUUAUGAUGGGGGCGACGUGGUUUCGGACCUCCAGGCGGAGCUCCAAAGGGAGUUCCACGAGAGCCAGAACGAGCGCGACAAGCGUAUAGAAGAGCUUUGGAAGAGGCUGAAUCCCGGAAAUGCUGCAGCUCUAGACCUCAAGGCCCUGCAAAAGGGCCUGCGCAGGAUCGAUCAUCCUCUAGCGAAUGCGGACUACAUGUUGCAGAAGAUUAUGGAGACUGUCGACACCAAUGGCGACGGCAAGAUUCAAUAUGACGAAUUUCACACAUUCGUCGAUAACGCCGAGGGGCCCCUGCUGAACAUAUUUCGAUCUGUCAACACCGCCCGUGAUGGAAAGCUCGAGAAGAAGGAACUCCACGAGGCGUGUCGACGAGCUGGCAUAACGAUACCGAUGCGACGACUCGACACCUUUUUCAGGUCCAUAGAUGGGAAUAGGGACGGCUACAUUACCUUUGAGGAAUGGCGGGACUUCCUCCUCUUCAUGCCGGCGUAUAACUCGGACGAGACUUUGCAUGCGAUAUUAUCAUUCUACUCAUUAACAUCAGAAGGAGACUCACUUGUCAGCGAUGAGACCCUUGAGGGCCUAGGUACGAGCCACUCCCUUUUGUACAUAUUGUUUGGCUCUAUCAUCAGACUUCUCCAGCCCGAGGCGGAAAGGAGAAAACGGAAAGCGGCGUCCGUUGCACAAGCCCCCGAAUCUUCUAGCCAGUCUCCCGAAGUACCGGGGCCCUCGCAAGAAGGCACUGAUCAGGGAAGAGCGCCCACCCUCAGUCAGGGAGACCAGGCUGCUACCACGAAACCCGGCGCCACAGGCCCCAGUGGCGCCGGGCCAUCCUCCACCGCUGCUUCACCUUCCCCACUCGGCACCUCCGUUUCCCCAGGUGUACUUUUAAACACUUCCAGCAGGUUAGGUGCUACGGUGGCGGCCGAGACACCAAGCGGCAAUGGCAAUGGCACCGACGGUAGCAUAGAGGCUAUCCUCGAGGUAGAGGAGGCGGAGGAUAUUCUGAUGGCGCGCGGAUCGGGCGACGCGCGGAGCUCAGCCCAGGAGGACACUGCAGUGGAUCGCCACACGUCGCAGAAAUCCCUGUGGAAACUGACAGAUUUUGUACCCGAUCCAGGUUACUUCCUCGCAGGUGCCAUUGCCGGCGGUGUCUCGCGGACGGCCACGGCGCCGCUGGACCGUCUCAAGGUCUAUCUGCUCGUCAACACGAGCACUACCCACAGCCUGCACGACGUGAGCGGCGCCCUCAAAAGCGGCCAAUUAUUCAAGGCUCUCGGCUACGUCACCACGCCCUUCCGCCUCGCGGUCAGGGAUUUGUGGCUAGCCGGCGGCGCGAAGACCUUCUUCGCCGGAAACGGACUCAACGUUAUCAAAAUCAUGCCCGAAACUGCCAUCAAAUUCGGAUCGUACGAAGCGGCGAAGCGAGCCAUGGCCUCUGUCGAAGGCCACAACGACCCUCGGAAAAUCUCGGCGUAUUCUAAAUUUGCAGCGGGUGGAGUUGCAGGAAUGAUCUCUCAAUUCUGCGUAUACCCCCUCGACACGCUCAAGUUUAGGCUUCAAUGCGAAACAACCAAGGAUGGCCUCAAGGGCAACGCGCUGGUGAUACAAACGGCGAAAAAGAUGUUUGCGGAUGGUGGCUUCCGAGCGGCGUACCGCGGACUACAAAAGUACAAGGGCCGCAAGACGGGCGUGCACCCGGACGAUGUGGUUAUGGGCAACAUCGUGACGGGCGUCAUCGGUGCGAGUUCGGGCGCGUUUGGGGCCAGCAUCGUGUACCCGCUCAACGUCUUGCGCACACGUCUCCAAACGCAGGGCACGAUCAUGCACAAGGAAACGUACACGGGCAUCGUGGACGUGGCGCGCAAAACGGUACAAAAGGAAGGGUAUCGCGGCCUCUACAAGGGCUUGACGCCGAACCUGCUCAAGGUAGCGCCGGCGCUCAGCAUCACGUGGAUGGUGUACGAGAAGUCGAAGCGCGUCCUCGGCCUCGACUAG